AUGCCGAACGGAUUGACGGAGGAACAGCGGUUGGAGCUGAACAAAGGCUGCCAUGCCCUUAUUCCCGGUGUAGAAACCCCUUACGGAUAUCAGCCGUCGCUGGUCGCAGGCAUUGUAUUCUUGGUCCUGUUCGGGCUCUCGAUGAUCGUCCAUACAGUGCAGCUCGCCUGGAAAAGGAAUUACUGGUGUGCUGUGUUUAGCAUCGGAUGUCUGACGGAGAUUCUAGGCUGGGCGGGACGUACAUGGUCUACCCAAUGCCCCUACAACAUGACUGCGUUUCUGAUGCAGAUUUCGACCCUGAUCAUCGCCCCGACCUUUUUCACAGCGGGGAUCUACCUCCUUCUCGGCCGCUUUAUCCAGGUCCUAGGCCGCGAAUCCUCCAUCCUAAGCCCGAACCUUUAUCUCUGGAUCUUCUGCACCUGCGACGUCAUCUCUCUAGUCAUCCAAGCCAUCGGCGGUGGAAUGGCUUCCUCUGAAGCGGACAAAGUCGGCGGCGACACCGCCCCAGGCACCCACAUCAUGGUCGCCGGUAUCGUCUUCCAGAUGUUCUCCAUUACCGUCUUUGUUGCCUGCGCUGCGGACUUUGUACGUCGCGUGAUUCUGCAUCGACUCCUACCCUCCACCAGUGUAUCCAUCUACCCCCUAUUCGGCGCCAUAGUAUUCUCCGUACUCUGUAUCUACGUUCGUAGCAUCUACCGAACCAUCGAACUGUCCGAGGGAUGGUCCGGAUAUCUGAUUACCAUGGAACGGUAUUUUAUUGCCCUUGACGGGGCUAUGAUGGUUCUUUGCGUUGCCAUCUUCAAUAUCUUCCAUCCGGGCUGGUGGAUGUCUCGAUUGAAUUCUAACUAUGCAGCGGCCACAGCAGCGGCGUAUGCUAAAGAACUUCUUUCCGUCAUACCGGCCAUUGAGGCUACAGAGACCCAAAGUUCAGAUAAGACUGACCACCAAAGACAACUCAUGGAGUCUUUAAAGUUUGAACAAAUUGAUGUCCACCGCUCAGGAAUUAAAGCGACCUAUGCGAAAACAUGCCAGUGGUUGUCAACAAACUCCGACUAUCUACACUGGCUUGAUUCGGAAAAGGCCAUUGAACAUCCUGGAUUUUUAUGGAUAAUAAGAAAGCCUGGUGCUAGGAAGUCGACCCUAAUGCAUUUUUCCUAUACUCAGGCAACAAAAGACAAAGCAAAUGCAGUCAUUCCAUUCUUCUUCAACGCCCGAGGCGAUGUUCUGGAGCGGUCAACUACUGGGUUGUAUCGCUCCUUGCUUUUUCAGCUCAUGAACAUGCCGCCGAGCCUUGAAAUAUUCGACUCCCUAGAACGCAAGGACGAGGAAAGUAAAAUGCACGAGACUAUUGUGAAUUCGAGCGAACAUCCUGAGUGA